GGCGGCUGGUCUCCGGCAUCAUGAGUGGCUUCAGCAGUGAGAAGCGCGCCGCGCCCUUCACCCUCGAGUACUGAGUCUUCCUCAAAAAUGAAAAAGGACAAUAUAUAUAUCCAUUUCAUGAUAUUCCAAUUUAUGCAGAUAAGGAUGUGUUCCACAUGGUGGUUGAAGUACCACGCUGGUUGAAUGCAAAAAUGGAGAUUGCUACAAAGGAUCCUUUAAACCCAAUUAAACAAGAUGUAAAAAAAGGAAAACUCCGUUAUGUUGCAAAUUUGUUCCCUUAUAAAGGAUAUAUCUGGAACUAUGGUGCCAUCCCUCAGACUUGGGAAGACCCAGGACACAAUGAUGAACACACCGGCUGCUGUGGUGACAAUGACCCAAUUGAUGUGUGUGAAAUUGGAAGCAAGGUAUGUGCAAGAGGGGAAAUAAUCAGGGUGAAAGUUCUGGGCAUACUGGCUAUGAUCGAUGAAGGGGAAACUGACUGGAAAGUCAUUGCCAUUAAUGUGGAUGAUCCUGAUGCAGCGAAUUAUAAUGUUAUUAAUGAUGUCAAGCGGCUGAAACCUGGCUACCUGGAAGCUACUGUGGACUGGUUUAGAAGGUACAAGGUUCCUGAAGGAAAACCUGAGAACCAGUUUGCUUUCAACGCAGAAUUUAAAGAAUUUAAAGAUAAGGACUUUGCAAUUGAUAUUAUUAAAAGCACUCAUGACUACUGGAGAGCAUUAGUGACUAAGAAAACUGAUGGAAAAGGAAUCAGUUGCAUGAAUACCACAGUGUUUGAGAGCCCCUUCCAGUGUGAUCCUGAUGCUGCCAAAGCCAUUGUGGAUGCUUUACCACCACCAUGUGAAUCUGCCUGCACAAUACCAACAGAUGUGGAUAAGUGGUUCCAUCACCAGAAAAACUAAGGAAAUUUCUCUGGAAUACAAGUUGAUAUUGCUGCAUCCUAUUCGUCUGAAAGCAUUAGAUGCAAAAAUAGUAACUUUUCCAAGCUUUAAAUU